UCUCAAUCUGUACUAGUUAGUUCUCAACACCUAUAAUAAGACAUAGAGCCACACCACUUCUCUUACCACAAACCCUAAAACCAUUUUCUUUUAAAAGGGACCCUCUCUCCCACACACACUCAUGGCUUUAAUAAGCUCAUGAGUGAGUACUAGAUAUAUCCAUUAAUUUGAUAUCAUAAAAAGCCCCUUUUAAUUUCUUGAUUGAUCACUAAAUUAAAAGAAGUGCCAGCUUGCUUUCUUUCUGUUUGUUGUUUCUUUGUGGAAUCUGUUUGUGUUACAGUACUCUCUGGUUGUAUAUCUGCAUUUAGCAGAGAGAAGAAAUGGGGCAUCAUACCUGUUGUAACAAACAAAAAGUAAAGAGAGGACUAUGGUCUCCUGAAGAAGAUGAAAAACUCAUUAAGUACAUUACUACUUAUGGCCAUGGUUGUUGGAGCUCUGUUCCCAAGCUUGCAGGGCUUCAAAGAUGUGGAAAAAGCUGCAGAUUAAGGUGGAUAAAUUAUCUCAGACCAGAUUUGAAACGUGGGAGUUUCACCCAUCAAGAAGCUGCACUUAUCAUUGAGCUCCACAGUAUUCUUGGAAACAGGUGGGCACAAAUAGCUAAGCAUCUACCUGGCAGAACAGACAAUGAAGUGAAGAAUUUUUGGAAUUCAAGCAUCAAGAAGAAGCUCCUUUCACAUGGAUCCCUCUCUGAUCUCUCCAUCAUCUUUCCUAAUAAUAUCAUCACUACUCCAAACCCUAAUCCCUCUUUUGAAACUUUUUACUCAUUCAACCCCAAUAUUCCUAUUAAUGAUUUGAUGCCAACCACAAACUCUCCCCUAAUUCUACAAGUUGACCAAAUGAAUAACAAUCACAAUGGGGAUUUAAAUUUAAUUAAUCCAGUGGCGCCUAAUUCCCUUCCUUUGUCAUUUGACUCAAUUUCAAAUGAUCUAACAUGGUUUAAUUUCAACUAUCCUCAUCUUCAACAUGAUCUUGAAUAUAACCAUGGUGUUAUUAGACAAGACAACUCCAAUUCCAUGCUCACCUCCAACAUUUCCUUGAAUUGCACUAGUGGGGAGAAUUUCAUGGAUUCAAGAAACACGGCUAUCAAAAUUCAUCAAGAUUUAAUGAUGCAGGCGCCUUUAUUGCCCAAGCUUUCUGAAAUGAAGGGAAAUGAAGGUGGAAUUCUAGAAUCAACUCCUGUUGCGUCACAACAUAUUGACUCAAGGGUGGUCAAUAGUCUCCCAUGCUCUUACCCAGCUGGUUAUAGUAUUAAUCCACCUUAUAAUUAUAAUGUGCACGGAGCCGUCAAUGAAAUGGAGCAAAUAGAAUCCGUACACAUGUCAUCCUUCCCAUCGUCGUCACCACCAUCGUCGUCUAAAUCUUCAGCAUCAGCUUCAUCAUCCUUGUCAGCACUUUCAUGCAGUCAAUUUAUGAUGAACCCCAGUACUCUUCCUAUAAUAAGCUGGGAUUCAUAGAGACAUAUUGACAUUUGUGAUGAUGUGCUGAAGAAGAUGGUAAACUUUUUAUUUUCCUAUGCUCAAGUAUACCAUAAUAUUGUUCCAAUGGAAUCAAGGGAGCAUUUUUGAUGGAGGAACUUUAAAGGAGUUGCAUAGUUAAGUUUGAGAACUUUACAUUUAUGUUUAUGCUGUUUUUUUGUUCCCUCCCGUGAAGUACUAUAACUCUCUGUAACAAUAAAUACUUAUGAUAUCAAUAUUAUAAGUA